AUGUUCGAGGUUCAAAAGAUGCAGCAGCAGUUGUUUGUUCUGCUCCUGCUGUUGCCCUUAAGGCAAGUGCUCUCCAAGGAUGUACAGGAGUGCCAGCUCCUGCAGCACAGUAAUUACAUAUGCCGUGAAAUUGAGAGCUUUAAACAGCUGAACGAGCGCGUACAAAGCAAUUGGCAGAGUGUGCGUAUUGUAAACGAGCAUAGGGGUAUUGAGAAUGACGCAACAACACCAUUGCCCAAGUUGGCCGAGCUGCGCAGUUUGGAUCUGUCGGACUCAAAGGGCUUGACUUUGUCCGAAAAUGGUUUCAGGGACUUUGAGGCCCUGGAGCAACUGAAUAUCACGUACUGCCAGCUGGACAAACUGCAAGCGAAGCACUUGCAGGGCAUCGUCCAGCUGCGCAAUCUGGAUGCCAGCUUCAACGACAUACAAGAGAUUUCAAGAAACGCCAUGGAACAGCUGCCAAACUUGGUUUAUGCGAAUCUGUCGAACAACUUAAUCGCUUCUGUGGAGUUGCACGCUUUCAAGGACUUGAAGCACUUGCAGUUUCUGGAUAUGACCACCAAUGAGCAAGGAAAUGUGACCAUUGGUGACUGCCCGAGCUUGCUGUACCUGUCCAUAAGCAACAACAAUGUUAGAGAUUUCGCUUGGUGCCAUCUGCGAGGGCUUCCCAAGCUCCGGGAACUGCAUCUGCACAGUAACUGGCUGGAGGUGUUGGACACUGCCCUAUUUGAGACUCUGCCCGAGCUGCGUGUCCUCAAUGUGUCAAAUAACAAUAUUUAUGCAGUAAGUCCGGAACUUUUUACGGGCGCCAGUGGGGAGCAAGGAGCGCCUUUGCUGCUGCUGGACUACAGCUCGAAUAAUGUGAGAGUGCUGCCAGAUUUGGUUUUCAGCCGACUGAAUAGACUGGAGACGCUCAAUCUGUGGAGCAAUCAGUUGAGCGAGAUUGGCAGCAAAGCGUUUGUGGGAUUGAAGGCACUACGUUCACUCCGGUUGCAGGGCAACAAAAUUUCCAGAUUGCCCGAUAAUGUGUUUGCCAACUUAAAUAACCUGGAGCGUCUGGACCUGAGCCGAAAUACAAUCAGGGAGAUUGGGUCCAUGGUCUUUGGUGAAACGCUAUUUCGCAGGCUGACACAAUUGGAUCUGAGCGUCAACAGCAUUGAGGUGCUGCAUCCACUGGCCUUUGCAUCGCUGCCCUUCCUGCAGUCCCUCAAGCUGAAGAGCAAUAAGCUGACCCAUCUGGACGUUCGCAUGUUCGCCCCAUUACGUCGGCUGCAGGUUCUCACACUGAGCGAGAAUUGGCUGCCGGAAAUCGAGUCCGAUGUCCUGACACUGUUUGAACAGUUGCUCUCGUUGGAGAUCAACAACAAUCGAUUGACAUUUCUGCCCGCACUGAAUGCAACUCUGUCGCAAUUGCGUCGCAUUAGCGUCGAAGGCAAUCCCUGGCAAUGCGCCUGUCUCGACGAGCUUACUUCCUGGCUUGACACCCGCAAGGUGGCCUACGCCAACGCCCCUAAUGCCUACUUCAGUGGCCAGAAGCCGCUCUGUGUGGUGACGCCUGUGGCACAUUGUAUCAGGGACUUGGUAGCAGUUCGCGCCCACAGCAUCAUCGAGAGCUACGACAAGAUAUGA